AUGGUACUUAGGAAGACUGAAUCUGCAUCAUGGGUAGAUGGAAAUUUGGUUCAUAGUGUUGUUAAAUUGAUUAAGAAAAUGUUGGAUUUUGUGACUGACUAUGGUGUUGACCCUUGUGUGGCUGGCGAGUUAUAUAUGGUGACUAGCCCAAAGAAUUUUGUGUUCAUAGUGAACAUCAUUUCCAAGAUUUUCCCUUGUUUGCUGUGGAAGUUUAGGGGGUUCCCCUGUAUGGAUGAAGUGAGUGCAUUGCAUACCAUAAGGACACAAUGGAGAAAGUACUGCAGUGAUUAUUAUUCAGUGGAGAACUAUAAGGCCACAUAUGCACCAACUUUUAAAACACUAGAUGAUAAAAGUGAAUGGGUCCAGAUUCCCUUAUACGUAUUUAUGGUUUCAUAA